AUGUAUGAUCCAAAGACACGUAUAUCCAUGUUAUUCAUGGACUUUGGUUUGAAAUACAAAAUCAUCAUUCAGAAAAAUGAAGAUAUUGAAGUGUUGAAGAAGAAGUUGACUGAAAAGGAAAAAGAGAUAUUAGAUCAUAAGCAUAAGAUUAAAGAAAAAGAUGUGAAGAUGAAAAGAUUUUCUUCUAUAAGUGUUAAAAUAGAUUUUGUACCUGAAGAAUGUUCAUCAUCAAGAAACCCUAGUUUUCAUCUUGAUGAACAUCACAUCAAGUCUUUCCCUAAAAAGCCUUAUGCCGAUAAGAUUCACCAUGAGAAACCACAAGCUGCUCAUACUCGAAAAGUUUCAUCAGAACCCAUUACCAUUCUCAAAUGA